AUGACAUUUGUCGUCACUUUACAGGAGCUAUAUUCACACCUUAACCCUCAAGGGCACCACUAUAAACACACAAGCGCAAGCAUAAGGUUUUCGGAUGCAGACGAGGACAGGGGUGUAGCGACAGAGGACCCUCUCUUGUACCAAGCAGGAGCGAGGCAAUUCGAUGCUCUGAGGGACUUGCAGAGGAGGCAUCUGCAACAGCAACUCAAGAAACGUGUCUGCAUACGAAGAGCCAAAGCGCGCAUUUCACGAUCACGAGCUCUGCUCAGAACCCUCGAAGCAGCAAGAGAGAGAGCUGCCGCAGCAGCAAGGGAGAGACAGCGAAUGUCAGAGCAGCUGAAACACCGGUUGUCAAUGGACUAUGCAUUACAGAAGAAAGUGGCAACCUCUCAGCUACGCGAGUUGUCUCGUGCUACAUCAAUCAUCGCUGCAAUGAAACGGGCAGCCGCACUGCGAGUUCGAAAGGACCCAACUACCUGCGGCUGGAGCAGCAGCAGCUACUGCUGCAGCAGCCCCGGCAGCAGCACCCUGGAGAGGACAGAUGUUGGGUUCUUGAGCUCGAUGUCGCUUGUUGAGACACGCCUCCGAGCUUCCAUUUUGAAGGUUUGUUGGGCUGCAUUUGCGUAUGGGUCUGCAGCUGGUGUUGCGGUAGCUGUCCGUGUGGCCCAGAAGUGCUGCUGGUGCAGCGACUGCUGGAGGAACAGCUGCGGCAGCAGUUCAUCGGGAGGGGGUGUACCUAUUGUCUCUUUCUCUCUUAUGGGCGGCCAUGGUAUGCAGCAACGAGCAGCACAGGAACUCGAAAAAAGACGUAGAGAAAUCAAGGAGGAGAAAGAAAGACAAAGAAGGGGCCUGCAACGAGCAGCAGCAGUUGUAGAAAGAGCCAAGCAGGAGCUGCAAGCAGCAGCAGCCCUCUACAGAGAGAGACGGGCUGAAGAGGCUAGGAAGGCAAAAGAAGCCGAACGAUGGGCAGCCGGAGCUGCAGCCCUGAAGGCGUCCAAAUGGGAGCAAAUAGAGCGACAAAUAAGCUACCAGUACACGCAGGGAACCAAACGAUCAGCUGAACAAGCAGUACGUCAACAACUUGUGCAGGGAUUGGAGAGGUUGGCACUUGCGCGGCAGCAACAGCGGCUGAGGGAAGAGGCAGCAGCCCUGAAGAUUCUUAGAAAAGAUCAAGAACAGCGGGAGGCCUUCAAGGCGAAGAAACGAGCUGCAAAAGAGAAGCGCCUACGAGAGCAGGAUGCUGCAUUUGAGGCGGGCAAGAGGGCUAUGGAGAAGGAAUUGGAAGAGGAGGCGCAGCACAAGAGAGAAACUGCUGCAGCAAUCCGCCAGCGCGAGCGUGAGUGGAUAAGAGAGAGGAGACAGCAGAGUGUUGGCUGUUGCAUACAACAGGAUGCCAGUGGGGACGCUAUGCAGGCCUAG